ACGGGUUCCGCGAAAUCGACCAACUCACAUCGACAUUCGCUGCAUCCAAAUGAUAACAAAAUUAGCCAGAGAGUCAAUUGGUCCACAAAGUGAUUUCGCGAGAGUACCCAGCUGUUCCGCGGGUCCGCGCUCGCGAGACGCGAGAGUUAAUUGAUUGCGCAUGGUAAGUGCGAAUGAAUUCUGUUUGGGUUGGCCAGUUACUACCUAGUCCGUGGCACUAACAACAACAGCAGCCGCUAGUUGGUUGUCGCUGGCCGGUGAGAAUGGUACUACUUUCUACCUAAUGGAGCAACAAUUGAACCCUGUUUGAAAUUAAUGCAUAUAUUUCUACGAAAGUGCGGAAAUGAAGUUUUAUAUUUAAAGCCUCAAUCAAAGCCUGGUGUUCAUCAACAUGGAUGUUGUUCCUCAGACUUUAGUCAAAACCAAGGAAGGUUUCCGAGCAGUGCUCCAAUCGACCGGCCAAGAUGUUCAAGCAACUAUUCUGGAUUCAUCGAUUCCUCGCUGUAUUCAAGUAAAACGUGUUCCAGUUGUUUUUAAUUAUCCCUACACUGCACAUAAUUUAUACCAGAACAAUGUCCUUCAAUGGCAUCCGUCGCACGUUCAACUGCUGCCCGUUGGCGAUACAUCUGUGCUAUUCAUCGGACAAGCUGGUCUGCGUGGCGGUGGGCACAGCUGUUCCAAGUGUGCUACAUACUACUGCGACCGGUGUCACUACUACUGCCCGAACGGUAGAUGUUACGAUUACUGCACCCAUCGGCAGGAUCACAACUGUGCGUCACGGCAAGCUGCUCAACGCCGUGAACAGGCGGAACGCGAACGACAAGAGCGGGAACGUCAGGAACGACAGAGGCAAGAACAGGAACGGUUGCGACAGCAGCGAGAACAAGAGCAGAGGGAAAGAGAACGCCAAGAACAACAGCGGCGGGAGGAGCAAGAACGACAGGCCCGGUUGCGACAGCAGCGAGAACAAGAGCAGAGGGAAAGGGAACGCCAGGAGCGAAUCGCUCGGGAGAGGAGACAGCAAGAGCAGCGUGAACGAGAACUCCAAGAAAGGCGGCGGGAGCAGGAGGAGCGACAGGCUCGGGAGCGACAGCAGCAAGAGCAAGAGCAGCGGGAGAAAGAACGCCAGGAACGAAUUGCUGCAGAAAAUUUGAGGAAAGAGUUAGCGCGCUUAAAGCAGGAACGAAUCAUCCAGGAUAGACGAGAGAAGGCUGCGAUCAAAUAUAAAUUGCAACAAACGUUGCAACAGACUACUGCCAUAUUAGAGGAUGAACAGGAUUAUGUGAGCGAAGAGGAGACAGAAGAGUGUAGGGGAAUGAUCAAUCAAGACGAAUCUAGAGCGGUUCAACAGGAAGGACCCAUAGAGGCCACAGAGACAGAUUAUGGGAACUGGUUGCCUCAGCAUAAAAUUGACGAAACAAGACUGCUGUUUGAAGCAUUGAACUUGAGCGAUGCUGCACCAACUGAGUAUACUGAAAAGCGCUGUAAUGAGGGAUUGAUUCCAGAGUCGUGGUAUAAACGACUUGAAAUACUUGAGACAAAUAGUUCCAAUUUGAUUGAAACUACUUUGAUGAGGUUGGAGAGCAAUAUGUCUGAAGAUUUCAAUCGAUUGGCACAGUACGCAAUAGAUAAAGAAAAAAGCCGAAAAAAUUACUCUGAAAUAUUCGAGGAAGAAUUUGCUCCAUCAGGUAAACCAAAUUAUUUCUGUAUAUUGAGAAAUCGUGAGAAACUUUCACGAAUCGAACGACGACGUGAACUAAUCGCUCAAAAUGUUAAACACAAGGCAUUCGUGCAGUUAUCAAAAGUCGUUAGAAGAAAUGUGCGUAAAGUGGGCAUAGAUCUACAGCAGCAAAUCAUGGAGUAUGUUCACAGGGGAGGCAAACUACAGACUCGAGUCAUCAAACGAUUUCCGGUGGUAAGAUGGAUUGAACAGAGUUUGAUAUUUGAACUCAUAGCCUAUCCGGAUGGAAAAGUAGAUGAAGUAUUGCUUAAUGUUUUCAAAAAUCAUUGGAUGAUAGUUAGAGAGUUGUUCGAGCGGCAGGAUCGUCAGAAGCUUCUGUAUGCACUUCGGACAGAGCAGUUGAUUCGUGGGUUAACAUUGCAACACAUAAACGAUGUCUUGGACAUGGUUACCCAAGUUAAGUUCAUAGGGUUAGAUGUAGUAUGCAAAAGGGGAGAAAAUUGGUACUUCGAAUUGAAAAAAUGUUGGGUUAAGUCUAAAAUCCCAGAGUAUAACAAUGCAGAAACUUCUUCCGAACUUGUAGAAUUACUUGUGAGUUUGCCCUGGAACAGUUUGAUGACGCAGCAAUUUCUGAACGCCAUCGUUGGAGAACCAAAUCAGCUAGUUAUAUGUGACUUUUUGUAUAAGGUCAGAAAUGAGCAUAUGUGUCAUCCCAUAGUAAUGGAUAUAGUAGCAGAAAAAAGUGAGCAUAAUAAUGGUGUAGCAGGUUGGACCAGCGACCUCAACUACCAUAUUUUGAUACAGGAAAUAUACAAACUUAACCCAGAGGUUGGUCGCCAUAUAAACUCAAAGUUGAGAGCAAUUCUAAGGAAAAGUUCAACCGCCAAAUUGCUGAAUUUUCUCAGAUCAAAUACGUCUCGUAUAGCACCAAACAUGGACAAGUUUGUGAGAAUUCUAGAAAACACACUAAUGUUUCAAACAACACCAGACGUGUGGGAUGACAUAGAAACAAUUAUAAAUUCUGAAAGGAAUACCGAUAAAUGGGAGCAAAAAGUAGACAAUUUCAUAGUUUCAUCCAUUUUCGGUAAAAGUUAUGAGUACAGCGUAGACGAGUUACUCGAUCGUAUGAGCGACUGUACUCUUCAUCCGACCAAUUUUGACCGAAAUAAGGUAUUGCGAGCUUUCAACUCGGUGAAAGCAGCAUACAAUUCUAAACUAAAAUCUUCGCAUAUAGGACAUUGGGCUGAUUCAGUCAAGUUGAACUUUGAAAACUCGACUUUGGAAGAAAAAAUUGCUGUAGUCAUACGGGCUGUCGAAUUUAGCCAUGAGUUCAAGCCUCGAGAUUCGCAGAUUUUAUCGUUGCUGGUGCUAUUAAUGGCAAACGAAGACCAUGGGCGACUUGCUCAGAUAAAUACAGGAGAGGGAAAGUCAAUCAUUGUGGCAAUGUUAGCGGUAAUCCAUGCGCUAAAGGGUGUCAAAGUUGAUAUAGUUACGACAUCCACCGAGUUGUCAAUUCCUGAAGUGAAGAAACAACGACCGUUCUUCGAAAUUUUCGGGCUUACGGUUGACGAAAAUAGUCCUGAUAGGGAUAAGAAAGUGGUAUACAGAUGUGACAUUGUCUACGGGACAGCUUCUGAUUUCCAGGGAGAUGUAUUGCGAACAGAGUUUCUUGGAAACGAUUGCCGAGGAAAUCGCAAGCACCAAGUGAUCAUAGUGGAUGAGGUAGACAGCAUGUUGUUCGACAGCCGUACCCAUAGCGUUCGAUUGUCAGAUGAGAAUCCUGGAAUGACUCAUUUGGAAGUUCCUCUGGCUGUCAUAUGGCAUCAAAUCCAUAACAUCAAUGCCCACAUGAUAGAGCGCGACAAUAAGGUAUUCUUCAUUACCGAGGACUUUGAGGCAGUUGGAAAUGAAAUAAAGUUAUACUCCGGAGAAGAUUGGGAGACUGUGAGUACCGAAGUGCACGAUAAGAAAGAGUUCAUCACAACACAUACCGAGAAUCAUCUACGAAAGUUGCUGCGGAAGCUAACGGUUGACGAGCAGAAAGAAUACGAAGCCUAUCAAGCAUUGAACCUGCGAAUAAUGGGUGUGGCAGAGCAGCUAUCGAAAGCAAACGAUGACGAGAAAAUGAAGGCCGAAUGCGAACAGAUGCGGUUGGAUCUCAUUAAGCUGCCCUGGAAUACACGCGACCCAGUCGUGGAUAUUCCCGAACAUCUGAGAAGUUUCGCAUUGAACCAGAUUUCAAUUUGGGUAAAAAAUGCAAUACUAGCCAAAUGGGUGUAUAAAAAGGAUGCACACUACACUGUGAUUCAUGGGAAAAUCAUUCCGGUGAACUUCAACGAAACAGGAGAUCUUCAAACCAACAUGAUCUGGAGUGACGGUCUGACGCAGUUUUUGCAGCUGAAAGAAGGCCUACGAAUGGACCCGGAAGGUAUAUCGACCAACUUCAUUUCCAAUAUAAGCUUCUUUCAGCGAUACGGCUCCAACAUCUACGGAUUGACGGGAACCCUCGGGGAACAAUCCACGCAAGAUUUCUUGCAAACAAUGUAUGGCACAGAUAUGAUCGUAAUUCCUCCAUAUAAAACAACGGAUAUUACAAACAAUGAAAUGUCAGGAUAUCGAUGCAAGGAACUUGCACCGUUGGUUCUAUGCGAUGUAAAAAUAUGGUAUCAAAGUGUAAAGGAAAAUGCCCUAUAUCAUGCGCAAAAUAAUCGAGCAGUCCUCGUUAUAUGUAAAUUCAUCACUCAAGCUCGAAAUAUUGCCAACAUGCUAAGAAAAGUGCAUGAUCCCCGCAAGAUUUUCAUUUAUACCGGGGAAGAAACAAAAUUUGAGAAGAAUGCGGUCGACUCCGGAGAGAUUAUUGUCGCCACAAACAUUGCGGGUCGAGGAACUGAUAUCAAAACAUCGAAAAACGUGGAGAAACACGGAGGCAUGUGUGUAUUGGUGACAUUCUUACCGGAGAGUUUUCGUGUUGAAAUGCAGAACGUCGGUCGAACUGCUCGCGAAGGGAAACGAGGCAUGGCGCAACUGAUAACGUACGAUGUCGGCAACUUACCGAUGGAAUCACUGAAGAAGAUGCGACAAGAGCGCGAAGCUAAAGCAAUCACCGCGGCAAUCAACGACGCUAAGAAGAUGCUCAUCCAAGACUGUCUAUUCAGUCGGUUCUGCUUGCUGGAAAACGAACUAUUGCCAAGUAUGGAUGAAACAAGAAAAAUGCACGUAUGGGAUCUCCUCAACGCUGGGUGGAUUGAUUACUCAGCGAACCAUCUGGAUCCUCGGAAAAUUUCAGAAAAAGCGACCAUGUGGGCGGAAAAGAGCCAUCAAGAGUUUGUGUCAGCUGCGCUGAAAAGUCUCAGUAGAGCUGAACGAGGUAAACUGACAGAACAGGAUAUGCAAGAUCUGCGAUCUCAGGCAACGAAAAAAGUUGCUGAAGAAAUGCCUGCCUUCAAGAAACGUUACGCCAAAAACGUUUGGAACCAGUACUGUACCAAUCAAUCUUCGUUGGUGCAGCAAAAUCAACUUGACGCCUUCAGAAAUGGUCAAAAGUUCAAUCCGAAGUGCAGUGAGCUGGCCUCACGGUACGGCUGGGGAACUUUCGAGAGAAAAGCACUUGAGGAAUCUUGGGGUCUCUGGUUGAAAAGCAAGCUCUUCGAUGAUGAUGAGACAUCAGCUGAAGAAGCAAUUGUCAUGUUCAGGAAUGAAUUUGAAGAUACAACUCAUCAACGUGCCGCACUGGAUAAACUUGUGCGUAAUCCUUUCUUCUAUGUGCUCAAGGGGAACGAACAACUCAACGCACGCCAUUUCGAGAACGCGAUCAAGUGCUACGACAGAGCGAUCGAUUUGGAUCCCGUAUUCUCAGCGAACGCCCGUUAUUGCAAGGCACAGACGCUGUUGUCUUAUUCAGAGAACAAAGGCACCAAACAACAAGAUGCGCUGAACGAACUAAGAAAAGCAGAGGAUCUAAUCAAAUCCGUGUACCGUCCAAAUCUUUUGACCUUUAACACUUUGAUCGGCCAACAUCAAUGCCUAGAACAAACCUCCCAGCACGUGCAGCACCAGCUAGAUAUCCUGAGCCAGCAAGAAGACUACAUCCGGCAAGCGCGCGAAGUUAUUGAGAUGGCACAGAAGAACAAUAACAACGUCAAGGUCACUCUCAAAAAUCUUUACGACGUGCUCUCAGAGGCGAAAGAAGAUCAUGCAAAAGCAAUCCGCGAAGCAUACGGCAACGGACUGAAGAACUUGUUCACAGUUGAAGAAAAGCUUCCAAGACCAUGGGGUAGCAUUGUAGCCGUUGCUUUGAUUGGCGUUGCCCAAAUCGCAGCUGGAUGUCUGAUAGUCAUGUACACCGGAGGGUCUCUGGGUACGGGACUGAUUGCGGAAGGAGUAGCGGAUUUAAUCGUGGCCGCAACUGCAGCAAUCAAAGGAACGUUCAGUUGGGCAGCCUGGGCGACUCAGAAAGUGGUGAGCAUUGCUGUAUCGAUCGUUUGCUCUGGCAUUGCUUCCAUCAAACAAACGGCCAAAGAAGCCGGAAAUCUCGGAAUUGGGACAAUCAAACAAGCCGGUAAGAAUAUGUUGAAGGGGUUCAAGUCCGGACUUAAAGACGUUUCAAGAACGUGUUACGACAUAGGCAAAGGAAUUGCAACGCCACAAGGAGGUCUGGGAUUGGCAAUAAAGGAGGUCGGGUUAGCAUUAGGGAAGGGUGUUGUAAAAGAGUGUUUAAACGAAGCUGGCAAGUAUUGCACUAAUCAGGUGUUCAUGAACAAACUGGAAGAGGAAAUUACUACGAUAGUGAGUGAUGUGCUAAUAAGGGCACUUUCUUCGAAUGCGUUGGUAGUCAAAGCUCUGGAAGAAGACGAGCGAAAUGGAAGUAGCUACUGGAAACAGCUGUUCAUAAAAGAGGGAAUGGAGUUGCUAAAAGAUAAGGAGAUCAACAAAUGUGCUGACAUGUUCAAGAGCAUUGCAAAAGGUGUCGCAGUUGGAUCAAUCCCUUAUGCUGGAAGCGUCAUGGAUGUCGCGGGAGUUGGCAAAUGUGUAUACACCCUCAACACAUACACAGAAAAUUUCAUCACAAAAUUCAACAAGAAAGUUAGUUCUCAUGAGAAGUCUAUUAAUGAACAAAGAGGUGAAGCUAGUAAAUCAAACUUGAGUGAAAAAACUGAGUUUUCCAACGGAAGAAAUAAUAAUCAAGCUUUUAAUCAAAAUGUAACCAGUGCUCCCGACAUGGACUGCGAAAAUUCAGAUAUUGACGUACACCAAGUUACGGAAGACGCAGUAUACAGUUCGAAAGUGUCAGCAAAUGCACAACUACGUUCGACUUAUCGGGAAGCGUCAACUCCCAAAACGCUAGCCAAUGUCUUCAAAGGAACCAUAACGGGUAAACUUACGACUUCUAUCCAAGAGAACAUAAUCAAUCCGGCAUUGAGUCAUGUUUCAUCGCGCGUGGCUAAUGGUCUGUUUGCCAAUAUGGAAGAGUCGGUUACAAAACUAAGACACGAGAUCAAAACCGAACGAGAUAAUCGUAGCGAAUCGAAUGCUAUGGCAAACUCCGCCAUGAACGAAACUCCGAUCGAAGAGAAUCAAGAUCUUGGUCCAGAAACUACUAAGAUGAUUGAAAUGGUUACAAAAGAUGAUCACUUGCACGACACUACAAGUUUGGCACUAUCCGCAGGUGCAAUAAAUGCUCCAAUCUACGUUUACGACGAGAAAGGCAAACUGAAGUAUAUAGUGGGAAGCAAACUGCCUGGUAAACCUAUUAAUAUUAAACAUUUUGCGCCGUCCAAGGAUCACCCGGUAGGUCACUUCACUCCUUUGGACCCCAACCUCAAAGUGACUCCUUCAGGAACUAACUCCUGUGCUAUAGACGCAGUUGUAGCGCAGCUAAGUUCGACUCAAAAAGAAUCGCUUCAAGUUAAUAAUGCAGCGGACUUACGCAACAAGAUGGUUCAGCAAAUCAAAAACAAUCCUCGCCAAGCAGAGCAAAUGUAUGAAAAGCGGGCGCAACUAGAACGAAUUGCACCGCAUAGAAUAUUCAAUGGAGGCCGUGAGCCACAGAAACAACCUAAACUGGACAAACGUGUUUCCAAGUUCAACAAAAAGUUCGAAACAUACCAACCAAUGCUCGGAGACAGAAUCAGGCGAGACUCCGAUUCAAUGGACAAUGCAAUGACCAACCAAACACAAGAGCAUCACUUGAUUCACCAAAGUCUCAGAAAUCACCGGGCAAUCACCGAGACUGGCUUCAACAUCCACGACCCGAUCAAUGUACUGGUGUGCCCCAGAAGUGAGGAAGAUCGACGGCAGCUGGGAACGAACCGAUCGGUGCACUGCGGUCGUCACCCCACAGAACUGGUGGCCGAGAUAAGGACAAAAUUGGACGAAGCCUGGCGUAGACACAGCGAAGAUCGUGCAACGCUAAAGCGGGUCGUUUACGAAAUAGCUUACAAGGAACGAGAGUUGGUGCGAUCAGGUGAACGAUCACUGCAAAGAUAGAGAAAAGCUCGGUUUGAUGAGCAGGGCAGAACUGAAAUGAUGUAAUGACGUGGCUGAACAAUAAUUGUGAAGUAGGCAGGGGAGGGCUGUUGGCUUUUGGAGCUUGAUGGUUUCGAGGCUAUGGAAACUGUUUUUGCAAUUCCGCAAAUUCUUGGAAGUUACAUGAUUUUUUCAGUUUGUUCCUCAGGAAUUCCUAUGGCCAUUCUUUUUGGAACUCAGGAAUACCUAUUCGGAAUUGUUGAAGUAAUUUAUAAUGGAAUUACACAUUUCCAUUACAAUUACAAUACAAUUGCCGAAUUAAUAUAAAAAGGUGUCAGGCCAUUCGGCCGAAGGUCAUUAGGCCGAAGGCCAUUCGCUGAGAAGCAGGCUGAAAAGCAGGCUUUGUCUCAGUGGGGACGUAACGGCAAGAAGAAGACCCAACGACCAUUCUGCCUAAUGACCAUUCGGCCUAAUGACCAUUCGGCCUAAUGACCUUCGGCCUAAUGGCCUUCGACCUAAUGACCUUCGGCCUAAUGACCCAGCAUCAUAUAAAAAUAUAAUUUCCGUACCAAUUUCCAAAGAAAUUGUCGGAAGAAUUAUCAAAGGAAUUUCUGAAGAACUGCCUGAGGCAUUCCCAAAGAUAUAACCGAGGCAAUUUCAAAUACGAAAACCGAAGAAGUUUCCAAAAUAAUUACGAGAGUAAUUUUAAAGCAACUUCUGAAAAACAAUGAUCGAGAAACUUUUAAAACAAUAGGUGACGAAAUUCCCAGAGACUUCUUUGAAGAAAGAUUCAAAAACUUGUCGAAGGAAUUACUAGAAGAACUCCUGAAGUUUCCACGAGGAAAUUGUUUAAGAAAUUCUCAUAGGAACUACAAAAGGAAUUCACAGAAGCAUUGCUGAAGGACUUUUUAUAGGAAUUCCAAAUAAUUCCUCAAAGAAAUUUUCCAAUACCUGAUCGAAUUAUCAAAGUAAUGCCUGAAAAAAAAACGAAAAGAAUUUCCAAACAAAUUACCAAAACCAAAAUUCCGCAGAAAUUUUCAAAAACAUUGCCGAAGAAAUUCCCAGAGGCAUUACCAAAGAAUUUUCCAAGAGAGCUCUCAAAAUUGAACAAAAUUCAACUUUUUCAGCUUAAUGCACCAGUUUUCACGUUUAUAUGCCUAAAUUAGAUAACCUGCGUCGAAAUUUUCUGAAUUUCAUUGAUUUCAAGAUUGUAAUAUCCAAUAUUUAAAAAAAAUGUACUUCACUAGAGCUCUUAGGGGGGCCUGAAUCUCGGGUAAUAUUGUGUUUUCUUUCAUAGCUCGAACCAGUGUAGAGCAGUGAUUCUUCAAGCUUAUAAAUAUACUAAAUAAUCUAAAAUAACUCCGAAGAAGGCACUAAUGAAGUAAAAUAUCCGACGAAAGCCGUAGCCCUGUUAAUAAAAAAACAUAAAAUCUCGUAACGGCGUUUUUUCAACUUUUAGCGUACUUUUAGCAGAAAAAAAUCAAAGUACUAAUCGUUACAAACUUGCCUAACACUUAAGCAGUAGCAGAUUACCCUCUGCACCUAAUGUUGCUUCUUUUAGUGAAUAUGAUGAACCAUUUCUCACGAGUGCAUUCAAUCAAAGUGCCAAUAUUCAUAUGUACUAUGUUCCAAUAAAUCUUCCACCAAUUUUUGGAAACUAGUUAUGCAGUUAUCACAACUCAAAAAGAAAAAUAUGCAAGUUUGAGAGGCUCCAGUUUGAUGAAAUACUUAGAUUGAUUACUCAACACAGACAUGCAUCAGAAGGUUAGGUAUACAAGGUAUAUCGUGGUAAUUGUUUCAAAAAGGUGUUAGAAGCGUAAUACUCUACUUGAGAAGAAUUGUAACCAUAAAUUGACUAAUUGGAAUGUGUCAGAGAAGGAGUCAAUAUCAUCAUAUCAGCAUUGCACAUUUAAAUGUUUCUUCCCAAACUUGACGUAGAGACACAGCCAUCCCUGGUCAACAAAAAUUGAAGAUUUGUACUGAUGGUCUGUCAAGCAGUGCAGCCAAAUGAGCAAGUAGUAUAAGAUAGUGAAAACAAAGAGGCCAAAAAAGAAAAAAAUAUACUCUUUUUUCAUUUUUUUUUAUUUCACUUCCGCAAAUUUGUGGAAACGUCGGUGCUUUAGAAGAGUUCUUAUUGUUUGACAUAUGUAAGGAAUCCUUACUAAGGAUAAAUCAAAAUUUCAUUGCAUCAGUAACAAAACAAGUCAUUUAUUUAUAAGCCACAAAUACUGAAUAAUUAUUUACAAAUAUUUAUAAAAAUAUGAGCACAUAAAUAGCUUUAAAAAAAAAAUAUGUAGCUGAGGAAAUCGGAAUUCAGAAUCUAUUGUAAGCAGUACUAUUGGAUGUGAAUUAGAAUCAAAUUCAAUUGGUGAUCAUGGAUUCAGGACUUUUGACAUGGUAAUCGUCCCAUCCAGCUUACUUUUCAAUCGUGAUAUAUGUAAUCCAAAAAGAGGCCUGAGGUCUCAAUAGUACAUACAGUUCAAAUAUAUACAAAUGUGUGUAACUCUUUCAAAGUUGGAAAUAUAUAUAUGCACAAUAGAGAUAUUAGAAUAAAGCAGAGCAGCAAAGUUCCGCGGAGCAGCAAAGUUCCGCGCGCUGGCUUUGCUAGAUUUUUGCGAUUUUUUUUCUCUGUGGGGCUCCGACGACGGGACGAGUGUGCGCGCGCCGUGGUUCGAGUCGGUUCCGAAUUUUUCGCUUCCCUUCGGCGCUAGUUUCGAAUACACUUUUAGUUGAUAAUAAUUCUUUCAUUUUUUGCAUUUACACAAAAGAGUGAAAAAUGUUACUUCGGGUUCGCCGGUCGAGAAAAAAAAAUUCGGGCGCCGACAAGUGAGUCGCGUUUAGUGUAUUUCUGUGUGGAAUAGACUAAAGGUUUCUGCUCCCUAGUGGAGUGGAGACGCGCGAUAGAAUUUUCUUUUUGGCUAGUUCUUGCGUCGAAAAGUGGUCGGUUUUUAACGGCGGUUUGUGUAUAUUGAUCCAUUGUCAAAUCAUAUCACCAACCAUAGGUGACUCCCGGACUGACAAUGUACCUUACCCUACUAACAAAAAAAUCCUUCCUGAGACAAACGUGGAGAUGCAGCGAUUCGCGGUCUUUAUAACAACGUUUGUCUUACUAACAUUCCCUUCCAUCCUCGAUGACCGUAAGGACGUGGCCGGCGCCGUUAUUGACCUUAUUAAAGUUGAGAGCUCUCGACCUGUGUACAUUGAGAAUAGUAAGCUAGUCCCAAGCCCUAUUCAGUGGUUCCUUGUGCAAUUUCGAUUGCUCUGGUCAAUCACGGAGUAGCAACUACGAAUUGUGCGGUCAUCUAUGCUCAUGCUCAUGCUCAUGCUCACAAUAGAGAUAUUAGAAUAAAGCAGUUUUUUUUUUGUAGACAAAAUAUAAUGUAAAUAUCACAUACUCAUGUUUUGAAUCUUCAACACAUGUCUCAUUUAGUGCUCUAAACUCUGCUAAACAAUCUCAUUGGCAUCGAUCGUGAAUCAAUGGGAGAAAGCUUAUGUUUCUCUGAAGAGGGAGACAGCGAGGAUAGGCGUAACGAUUAACUCUACCACAUGAUUGCGGGUAGGUCUAUCUUGACAGGUUAAAAUUACAGUUUUUUUUUGUUAUUGUCAAGACUGGAAAAUCAUUUCUUCUAGUAUCAAUCAAACAGUCGAAAAACAGACAGCAAGGUAAAGGAGGUAGGGCUGCAAAACGGUGAGCCAAUAAGGAGAGCGUCCAACAUAGCUCUGGCCCUCACAAGUUCCUACCUCAUGCUUCCACGAGUUAAGUGAUGACAAAGACCGCCAGCUAAGAGUUGUGUGCUUAGCUGGUAGUGCAGCCUGGGCACUGUUGUCCUUUUGACUUCAGCAAGAUUGAGGAGGUACGACCCGAGGGUCUGUUCACCAAGGAGGUGCGGCUCAAACAGCGUCUGUUCUGGCAUCCAGCGGCUGAGUAAGAAACGCUGCACCACGCCCAGCUAGAUCCAAGGUGGUAGCCCCAUCAGCGUGGUCGUCCCAGUGUUGGUUGGGACGUUAAACAGAACUGGCACGAUGGCCCUCCGGCGAGACAGGAGUGUUGGCGUAGGCCCAAUAAGCCACCCGUAAAAAUCCCCAUUGCGAAUAACAUAGGAGAAAAUACGACUCGAUACAAUCGGCAAAGACCCACGCGACGAAAUAAGGACUACGAUUGGAAACUUGGAACAUGGAAUUGCAAGUCACUAGGUUUCGCAGGAUGUGACAGGAUAAUCUACGACGAACUACAUCCCCCCAACUUCGACAUCGUGGCGUUGCAGGAACUUUGCUGGACUGGACAGAAAGUGUUGAAAAGCGGGCAUCGAGCGGCUACCUUCUACCAAAGCUGUGGCACCACCAAUGAACUGGGAAUAGGAUUUAUAGUGUUGGGCAAGAUGUGACAACGUGUGAUCCGGUGGCAGCCGAUCAACGCAAAGAUGUGCAUGUUAAGAGUUAAGGGCCGUUUCUUCAACUACAGCAUCAUCAACGUCCACUGCCCACACGAAGGGAGACCUGAUGACGAGAAAGAAGCGUUCUACGCGUAGUUAGAACAAACAUACGAUGGUUGCUCGUCGCGUGACGUGAAAAUCGUUGUCGGCGACAUGAACGCGCAGGUAGGAAGGGAGGAAAUGUACUGACCGGUAAUCGGGCGAAACAGCCUGCACGCCGUAUCGAAUGAUAACGGCCAGCGAUGCGUAAACUUUGCAGCCUCCCGUGGUAUGGUAGUCCGAAGCACCUUCUUACCCUGCAAAGAUAUCCACAAAGCCACCUGGAGAUCACCCGACCAUCAAACAGAAAACCAAAUCGACCACGUUCUAAUCGACGGUAAAUUCUUCUCGGAUAUAUUAUCCGUUGCAAGAAAAUAGAGAGCGAAAAUGGUGCAAAAUCGCUAAUAGACCUCCACUCGUACGUUUAAUCGUUCUGGUGUCUUUUGCAAUAAGUGCGCGAAUGGGCCAAAGAAUACUGCGCCGAAAACACCAACACGAUUUACCGUUCUGGCGGAGGUAUACGAGCACUUGCGCUGAAAAAUUUUCGCGCAACGCAUAAUAACCAACGUCCGCACAUACCGCAGUGCGAAUAUAGAUUCGGAUCACUACUUAGUCGCUGUAUGCAUGCGCUCAAAACUUUCGACAGUUAUCACCACGCGUCGAAGUCGAACGCCGCGGCUCAACAUCGAGCAACUUCGUAACGUAGAAGUUACUCAAGACUACGCGCAGCAGUUAGCAGUGGCCCUACCAACGGAAGAGCAGCUUGGCGCAGCUACACUUGAAGAUGGCAGGAGCGACAUCCGAUCCGCCAUAGGUAGUACCUCAGCUACAGCACUAGGCUUCGCUAUUGCGAAUCACAGAAACGACUGGUAAGACGGCGAAUGUGAACAGUUGAAAAACGAGAAGAAUGCAGCAUGGGCGAGAAUGCUGCAACACCGUACGAGAGCGAAUGAGGCACAUUACAAACAGGCGCGGAACAGGCAGAACUCAGUCUUCCGGAUGAAGAAGCGCCAGCAGGAAGAACGAGAUCGCGAAGCGAUGGAAGAGCUGCACCGCGCUAAGGACACACGAAAGUUCUACGAGAAGCUGAACCGCUCGCGCAGAGGCUUUGUGCCACAAGCCGACAUGUGCCGAGAUAAUUACGGGAAUAUUCUCACGAGCGAGCGUGAGGUGGUCGAGAGGUGGCGACAGCAUUACGAUGAGCACCUCAAUGGCGACGUUGCAAGUACCGAAGGUGGCGUGGUAACAGAUUUAGGAGUAUGUGCACAGGACGAAAGACUUCCGGCCCCUGACCUCAAACAGAUUGAGGAGGAGGUUGGCCGGUUGAAAAACAACAAAGCCGCUGGAGCAGAUCAACUACCAAGCGAGCUUCUAAUGUAACGACCCUAAGUCUUUAUCACCCUUACUAUUCCAUAUUAAUUAGGAUUCCUCAGUAGAUAUAAUGUAAUUGUCACUUAUGUGGAACAUUGGCACUUUUACCCUAGUAGCGAUAAAGUUUGCGUUUGAAUGUAAAAACAGUAAAUAUAAUGUAUCGCCCGAGUACGCACAUGUGAAUCAACGGUUCACCGUUAAGAUAAACAAAGACCUAGAGGUCAGAACGCUCCGAGCGAGCACAUUGGAAUCUACGAACCACCGUUAACGUAAAUAGUAAAUAGCGAGUCACGUGGGGUUCAACGAAUGUCCGUCAACACCCAAAGGUAUGAACUAGGUAGCCAAAACAGACGUGUACAGUCAUAAAUAUUACUUGAACGCCAACUUAUAAAAGACAUUACUAUGUUCAGAGGGAGACAGUCAGUAUGUAGUCAGUUAAUAGUUGAGUUUAUAGAAGUCAGUUGAUAGGAGUUAGUUUAUAGAUGAAAGUCUAUAGAAAAGUCUAGAUGGGGGAAGUCUAGAGAGUGAAAGUGAGAGCUCUGCUCAAGUGUUAAGUUUUAGUUUUAAGUGUUUUAGUUUUAUAAGAACAAUAAUGGACAAUAUAAGUGAAGAAAGGAA